AUGGACUCCCAAGGCAGCCAAGCGACGAAGAAGCGGAGACUGGAUGAUGGAAACGAAGAUAGUCAAGCCAGUAAGGACGACGGCAGUUCACUCGGCGUGUCUUGGCGUGGUUUCCGUCCUCGGACCAUCGAGUUCGACCAUCAAGCCUCCUGCAGUGAGUUUGAAUCUCGCUUCGCACUCGAGAUCUGGGCGACGGAUGCACAGGGUGUUGAGCGUCAAAUUGGAGAAAUCUGGGAUAAAAUCAACUACGCUGGAGCCGAGAAAGUCAAGAUCAUCGCAGAGAGCCCAACGAGCCCAACGAGCAUCGACACCCCCCCGCGGUUGGCCUCCGACGAUUACAUAAAGGCAUUCGAAAGGAAUAGGAAAUCAGAGCAGGCUAUUCAAGAGAAAGCUCGUCAGGAGGAGAAGGCUCGCAAGGAGGAGAAGGCUCGUCGGGAGGAGAAGGCUCGUCGGGAGGAGAAGGCUCGUCAGGAGGAGAAGGCUCGCAAGGAGGAGAAGGCUCGCAAGGAGGAGAAGGCUCGCAAGGAGGAGAAGGCUCGCAAGGAGGAGAAGGCUCGCAAGCAGAAGAAGGAGGCUCUCCGAGAGAAAACACUUGCCCUUGAGGCUCUUCAAGCGAGAAGGAGAGCCCUCCAAGAGAGUGAGAGAACCCUCCAGUAUGAGGAAGAGGCUCUCCAAGAGAAGAUUCAGUCUCUCCAAGAGAAGCAGACUGUUCAGGAGGGGAACAGGACUCUUUAG